CUGACCGGCGUGGACACGUCCCUAGGCUACAUAAAUAGUUUCACUUUAGACUUUCAGCGGUAGACCCAGACCAGCAGCAGAAAUGGUGCACCGAGCAGUCAUCCUCCUCCUUUGUUUGUUGGGAUUCCUUCAGAAAGGUCUAGCAGCUGUGAUAGAGACUCAGCAGACUGUGAUGGCAGCAGUGGGAGAAGAGGCUCUUUUAAACUGUCAGCUGAUGCAACCUAAAGAUGUUCUUCAAGUCACAUGGCAGAAAGUUUUACCUGAGGGGGAGCAGAAUCUUGCUGCUUUCCACAAAAACUACGGUCAGAAAGUGAAUCCUGACUUUAGAGAUAAAAUGGAGUUUAAAUAUGCUGGACUGCAGAACAGCUCCAUAGUUAUCAGGAGGGUGACGGAGGAAGAUGAAGGAUGCUAUCACUGUUUGUUUAACACCUACCCUGAUGGAACUCUCACUGGUUCAACCUGCCUCCAACUCUAUGAGCUGCAUGAACCCGUUCUACAUGUCAGAGAAUCAAACUCUCCUGAAGAGGCAGUUGUGUCCUGCUCGGCCACAGGUCGACCUGCUCCCACAGUAACACUGACUGUCCCUCACUACAACUCUACCAGUGUCACCAACACCAACGCUACAGUCACUGUCACCGCUACAGCCGUGCUGCCUCGUCUCCAUGGCAACAGCACACAGGUUGGAUGUGCAGUGCGAGUGCUCUCAGGUCCUCAGAUAGAGGUGUUUACCAUGAUUCCUGAGGUCACACUGUCGUCUGCUGAUGAUGUCACUUUGAUCACUGUGUUGGUCGUGGUGUCCUGUGUUUGUGUUGCUGCUGCAGUCAUCAUCAUCAUCCUGCUUAUAAGGAAACAUCAGAACAGUGUGUCACACAGAGACUGUGAGGAGAACAGGACACCACAAAAAACAACUAUAUUUACUUAG